AUGACGAUGGACAAUGCGAAGCAGAAGCAGCCAUGGAGCGACUUUCGCUCGUCCAAGUCGUUUAUCGUGAUUGUCGUGUCUAUUGCAAUUUUUGCUGAUGUUUUUAUAUACGGAAUGGUCAUUCCUCUUAUUCCAGCGAUCCUCAGAGACCGCCUUCACUUGCCAGAUGACCAACUCCAGAAAUGGCUUUCGAUUCUUCUUGCAACGUUUGGAGGCGCUCUCCUGCUCAGCUCGCCCGUGGUCGGAUACUUUGCCGACAGAGGCUCGUCUCGAAAACCGCCGUUUGUCAUCGGCCUAGUCGCCGUCGCCGGCUCGACGGUGAUGUUCUGGAUGGCGCGGACGCCGACGGCCAUGAUCGUUGCGCGAAUGUUGCAGGGCGUGGCCGACGCGGCCAUGUGGACUGUCGGAAACGCGCUCGUGGUUGACACGGUCGAAAAAGAACAGCUGGGGUCGGCGAUGGGGUAUGUUUCCAUGUCGAUGACGGUGGGCACGAUGGCUGGGCCGGCUUUGGGAGGGAUUCUACUGGACCAGGCUGGCUACGACUCGGUUUUUAUAUUGGCUUUGGCCAUGAUUGGCAUCGAUAUCGUAUUCCGGUGUCUGAUGAUCGAGCCACAGUCCAAAAAGGCAUCAAAAAACCGGAUUGACGGCGAAACAGAUCCUCUGUUGGCCGAUCAACAACCGAGCUAUCGAACAACCACCGGGGACGAGGAGCAGGCUUCUCCUGGUCGUGUUGUUUCGACGAGCUCCAUCCCGCCAAUUGUCCGUCUGGCCAUGUCCGGACAGCUCUUGAUUGUCCUGCUGGCGAGCAUUGUCGACGGAGCUCUCUGGACUUCUUUUGAAAGUACAAUUCCGGUCUUCGUCAUCAAGACUUUUGGAUGGGACUCGUUUGGGAUUGGAAUGUCCUUUUUUGCCCUGACCAUCCCGGCCAUUAUAUCCCCGAUUGUUGGAUACGCAAUCGACCGCUACGGCCCCCGCGUCGUCUCGUCAAUCUCAUUCGCCUCACUCACGCCCAUCUUCAUUUCAUUCCGCUUCGUCACCGACGACUCUCUCCAGUCGCGCAUCGUGUUUAUCGCGCUGCUCGUCGCCACCGGCUUUUCCUUCUCGGCCGUGCUACUCCCGCUCAUGGUCGAGCUCAGCGAACCCAUCGAGCGGCAAGAGCGCGAGUUUCCGGGCACCUUUGGCGACGCUGGAGCUAGUGGGCAGGCCUACGGCUUGCACAGCUCGGCGUGGGCGUGCGGCACUCUGGCUGGACCGAUUCUUGCAGGCGCCCUUGUUGAGACGGUGGGCUGGGAGGUGAUGAAUCUCGUGCUGGCGGCGAUGAGUGGCGGGACUGCGGUUUUACUGGUGUCGACGGAUGACAAGGUUGGGCAGUUGGUUUGGAGGGCGUGGAGGGUUGUGGCUGGGGGUUUGGGGUUGGGUUCAGGGUUGGAUUCUAGGGUUGAAGGGUGA